AUGAUAAACCGGAAUUUCCAAGGGAAUCCAUAUAAUUGGAACGAAAUAUGGUUUAACCCUUACUUUGACCAUCUGCAUUUCCAUAGGCAUGUAUUCCCUGGGAAUGGAUAUGAAUUUGGGAAUAUGAUGGGUUCGAUGAAUAGCCAUAUGUUUAAUCAUGAUUUCUUUGGAGCAUUCAACCCCUUUAAAGCGCGUUGUUUUGGUUAUAAGUGUAAACUCCCUAUGAAUGAUGAUUUUUCUUAUGUGCAAAAUGAGUCUACAUCGCUGAUUCCACUCAAUAUCCGAGAUAAGGGAAAGGGAUAUGAGAUAAAAAUGGAUUUUCCUGAUAUAAGUAAGGAAAACCUUCGAAUACGCUUGUUCAGCAAUUGCAUAGAAAUUGUAUCAGCUUCUAACAAGAUAAUAGAAAAGAUAGAUGAUUAUACUUCACGUUAUAUUCAAGAAAAAAGAGAAUCAUCUCACAUUCAAGCUGUGCCUAUCCCCAAAAAUGUACGUGUAAAAGAUAUUAGUGCAAAUUUAAAAGAUGGGGUAUUAAGAAUAUAUAUGCCUAAAAAAUAUCUGGAACUGAAGUAA